AUGGUGAACGCAGCAAGUAAUCUAAGAAGUCUGUGUUUUGGAGCAUUUAAAAGUUUUAACAAGAAAUACGAGGAGGAUAAUAACGUGAGAGAGGCAGAGGAGGAAGACGAGGGAGGAGGAGAAGAGGCAGAUGGAGAUGGGGGAGGGUGUAAGGAAGGAAUAGGUCAUAGGGGGGAAGGUGUUUCUGAGGAAUACUGUGCAGAGGAAGAAGAAAUGGGGAACACGCACAACCACGCAAUUGAUAUUGGAAGCAGUGUAGAAAAGAACACUAAAACGGAUUAUACGUUCGAUGGUAACAAUUGUGCAGACGGCAACGAGGAAGAUGUUACACACAAUGAGCACCCUUACCCCGAGGGUGAGGAGAAGUUUACACUUAAUGUGAGUACCGGUGGGGUUAGUUCCAGUAGCACCACUGCAACUCCCCCCUGUGAAGUUAAAACUGAUGAACCGAGUUACUGCACCAGUGGCAGCAACCAGCGGGAGCGAAGCUCCACUUUAGAUGCCACCGUGUUUGGAGAGAUAAAUAAAGGGGCAAAUAUAUUCAUGGGGAACAGGAACAAGGAAUGUCCCGUCAAUAGUAACUUAAAUGCAGAUGUGAACCUUAACACAGAUGCAGAUAUCGGUCUCCACCCGUUCAAAAAUGCCAGUGUGUAUAACGGUGCGAAGGUGUGUGAUGAUCCCAACAUGUGGAGCAGCUUCAACGGGGGCAACAACAUUGGCGCUGUAAACACAGCCAGCACGCUCAGCACCGAUGUGUGUAAUAACGCAAGCUACCUCUACUCGGGGGAAGUCCACGUCCGUAACGACGUUGUGCAGGACAGGAAGGUGGACAAGGGGACAGCGACGGUCACAAUGGUGACAGAUGUGGAGGAAUUCCGGAAGGAAAACUACAGCACAGAGGAAGACAGGUACGAUAAAAGUGAAAGCAAAAUAUAUAAUCGUCACACAGGUGAGAAAGUAAUGCGAAAGAAAAUAAGUGCACACACAGGAGUGAAUGACGCUGCACUGACAGCCAGUUCAGCCAAUGUAGAAAGGAUACUAAUGGAUUAUUACCGAGGAAAGAUUAACUCUAAAAAUUACGAAGAAAAGUUGUCAAAUUCGUGUAGAUUCUUCAUUUACACAUCGAAUCCAUACAACUACGAUGUGAAGAUGAUUAAGGAGAAUUGCCUAACCAUAUAUCAGCUUCUAUAUAGAGAGAAAAAAAAGUGGUGCUCUAUCUACAUUUGCACAAAUGAUGGACCCAUGUCAAAUUUUAAUUACCAUUUAUAUAAAAUUCUGUGCGGUAAGGAAGACAUUUAUAUGUACUUUUUUUUGUUAAAGAAGUUUAUAUUUUCUUGUUAUAUAUAUUUCAAUUUAGUAAGCAUAAAGAUUUUUUCUACCUUUAGCAACAAGGGGGAAAACAUUAUGCUUUACGACUUUACGCACAUAAUAAAGGGGAAGAAUGCCUCCUUAGGUGAGUCUUCCGGUGAGUUUGGUGGUUCUUCCGACUGUGGUGGUGCUGAGCGAAAGCAGCAGUGGGAUCAAUUGUCACAGAAGUCGAUACGUCAGUCGCCAGGGCAGUCCCCAAGACAUGCUUCAUCACAGUCUACACCACACCUGCCAACCGUGGUGGAGGCCGUUCGGGGGAGAAGCCUAUCCCCCAGCGGAGGCACAAACCAACACCACGCCAACCCGUUCGGUGCCACCACGUGGGAAAACCAAGCGGAGGAAUGCAACCGAGAAACGGAAACGCCUCCACAGAGAAACCGAAGCAGCAACAUAUACAACUUAAACAGCGAAAACAACCAAAUUGAAGAAGAGGCCCAAUUUCUAAAUUUUCUAUAUGACCCAUGCAAGCAUUUAUAUGUUAACAAAGUGAAUUCAAGUGACAAUUAUUUCCACCUUUUCAAUAAGGAAGAAUCGUCAGAUAUAAAAAAAAAACUGCAGCUUUUUAUUAGUACCCAUUCUCCUACCAUGAUUAAUAUUACCAAAAGGUGGAACUCCUUUUACCUUAACAAGAAUAGAAUUUCUUCCUUUGUUGAAAAAUACAAAGACGUGAAUUAUUCUUCUGGAGAUAACUUAAAGAAGAAUGGCAAGGAGAGGUUUAUAAGUGAAUUUGUGGAAACGUUUUGUGUGAUGAUAGACGAGGUUAAUCCACCCCGUCGUAGCAGAACCAACAUGGUGGUUCGCCAACAUAGUGAAGGAAUGCAUCUUCGCAGGGGAGGAACCUCCAGAAAAGCCCUCAGUUGGAUGGCGAAGCAUGGAAGAGGAAGACCAUCCAUAACAAAGAAGGAAUAUGAGGCGGGGAACACACGUUGGCCACACAAACUCAGGAGAGCAUACACUACUGCAGAUGAAGUUACGGAUAUGGGUGACAAAAACUGCAAUCGUGAUAGAAGCGGCAGUUAUGGAGAUCGCUUUGGAAGAAGCUUCGGGCACUUUGAUGAAAAAGCCAGGAGUGUGUCCAUGGGAGGGGGCACGCACCAUUAUACUACCGGUGGGAAGUUCGAAUGGAGGGGUGAAACUGCAGAAGAGGGGAAGAACACCUCCAAUGCAGAGGAUCAACCUGAAGGAAAUCCCCCUAGUGAGCACACCAACAUGAAGGCGCCCCAAACGACAGACGGGGAAAGCAAGAAAACUCCCCCCUCCGUGGUGGAACCGAACAGGGUACCCAAUUAUAGUUCCUCUUCGCAAUGGUACAAGGAAGGCAUGGGCACUUCGGGGUGCACUGCGGAGGUUAUUGCAAAGUUCCUGGGAAGUGUAAACAUUAGAAGAAGUAGAAUGCUGCUGCGUAAGGGUGGUGGAAGUAGUGGUAGUGACAGUGAUGAUAGUGUGGGUGCCAGGGAGAGUGACUCUAACCAGGAUAGUUGUGACAGUGAUGAGCAGAACACCGAGAGUGAGUCUGCCUACUACGGGGGGAAGAAAUAUAGCAACAAUGGGGAAGGGGUAACCACGAACGGGGAGGACGGAGGCAAGCGCGGUAAAAAGCACCCCCGUAAUCAUAUUUUUUUAAACAAUUUAAACAUACUGAUAAAGGAUUUGAAUGAGCUAUAUGAUUAUUUGGAGAACUGCCGGUACGGGGGGGGGACGCGUGCCGAUGGUGUGGGGGUGAAUAAUAGCUUCUUCAUCAAUGAUCCCAAGGGGAGCUACCAUAGUGCCUUCGGUAAGGGGGACAAUGGAGGGGGCGAGCCCGAAGCAACAGACGAAGUGCAUGAUGCGAAUCGGGUGCAACACGGAGAAGCAAUGAAUACAGAAUAUUUGAAUAGGUUAAAAUCGGGGAGGAACUUGUCCAACUUAUACAGCAUAGGGGCGUCAUGCGUAGAUGGUGGUACCUACAGCGAUGCAGGGAACAGCGAAACGAGCAACGCAUACGGAAGGGGGGAGGAGGAUUUUUACAACGUGGAUAUUUCCUCAGUAGAUUUGAAAAACUUCUGUUCUGUGUGCUCAGGAAUACAAUAUGAUAAUUUUGAAAAUCCUUUAAAUGAAGGAAAAAAUGGAAAAUACAAAAGGUUAGAAGUUUUUAUGAAAGAAAGUGAUUUUUUCUGUAAUUGUAAUAAUAUUAAUAUUUUUCAAAAUGAGAAUGGGAACCCUAAUGAGGACUUAAAAUUUGGCUUCAAUGGAGAAAUGACUUCAGAAGAAUAUUACAUGUUAAGAAAAAAUGAUAUUGAAAAAAUGAACAGGACUAUAGACGAAAUUAUCUACAUGAAUCAUCAGCAGGGCCUGGGGGGAAGCGCAGGUGAAGGCACAGACGGGGGGUUACCAUACGAAAAUGAUGAUUAUGAGGAGGAAGACGAUGAUGAGGACGAUGAAGCUGAUGAGGAUGACGACAGCGAUGAUGAGGAUGAUGAAGGAAGAACUAAAGUCGCCCUAAAGACUAGAAGGAAAUCCACUAAUGUUGGUGAAGGGGUGGGUAUAACCACCGGCCCUGGAAGACGAAGAGGACGUGUGGCAAAAAUGGAACUGAAAAGUAAAUACAUGGGAAGAGGAAAAAAUAAAAUGUGGGCCAAUAACACUGCGGCGAAAGACUUAAGCAACAAAGCAGCAACGAAUCGUGAGAUAAGAAAUAUGAGAAAAAAUAAAUUUGGAAAAUAUCAUCAACAGACGGAAAAAAAAAACAAAACUGUAAAGUCGUUGGCGUCUCCACAAAAUUAUGAAAUAAAAUCUGCAAGAGUUAAGAAACUAGAAAAGUUUACUAGUGUUGAUCAGGAAAAUCUGAGAGAAGUUUUUGGACCAACCGGUGUUUCUGGAGUCUAUUUUGAAAAAAGCAGAAGCAGCUGGACAGCCCAGUAUAAAGUUAGCGGUGGGAAAAGGAGAGCCAAAAGAUUUUUGGUUACCAAAAAUAUGACUUACGAGGAAAUUGAGAACGUCAAGCAGCAGUGCAUUGCUUACAGGAAGCAAAUGGAAAAGGAAUACAUUAAGGAAUUCCUUAAUGAGGAUAAGAAGAAGACCCCGUCCAGUGUCACCAGCCCCAGCAGUGAGAUUGGGCACGUGUCCGUUAAAAAGAACAAGCGGAGGAGGAAGAUGAAGAGCUUUUACGACAGCUAA